UGUGGUUAAAGUGUGAGCUGGUCCGACGACGGCGGCGGCCGUCUGUCUGACAGGAAGUUGCAUUGUGGGUUGUAUGUCUGACUGAACACUGAAACCACCACAGGUCUCUCUGCGACCCAGAGACCGAUGCUGCCAGUCAGAGGAUGUUACAGUGCGACUCUACACAGGCUGUUCACGGUUACGUUGACCAAUGUUUUAGGUUGUGGUUUAAUGUUCCUAUCAAAUAAACCAAUGAAAACGUCUAUCCUGUUUUGGCUCUCUAAACAGCCGUGGGCGGGACAUCAUGCUGUUGAUCGACGGGAUGCCUGCCGUCAGCGUCCAAUCAGAGUCUCUGGAGCCUCAGAGAACGUCUCUGUUGGUGUUGUCCCCUCCUCAGAUGGACAGGGUGGUUCUGAAGAGGAAGAUGUUCAGCCCAGUACCUCCAAGUCCUCCAGACACACAACCCUGUAACCCAAACUCUUUCCAGCCCCAGACAGAGCCUGUAGACCUGUCCACCAGCAGCUCCAGGACAUCUCCGACAUCCACAGGAGUCUCCCUGUGCCCCCUACCGUCCACCUCCAUCACCAAGCCUUCCUCAUCCUCCUCCUCUGUCAUUACGUAUGUCCCAAAGACUCCUGCGAUAUCAGCGGCAGGUCCCGGCAUGAGAGUCCUUUGUGGUUAUGUCCGAGAGUACCUCCUCACACCCCUCUCCUCCAGCCCCGCCCCUCUUCAGGCCCACCAUACGCCCGUAGUGGUACGGCCCACACCCCUCUCCUCCAGCCCCGCCCCUCUUCAGGCCCACCGUACGCCCGUAGUGGUACGGCCCACACCCCUGCUCUACACCCACCCAGCACACAGCAGAACCCUGGAGGUACCCCGACGUCCACAUCACCGUCACCGUGGUGACGGCCAGGAUGAUGAGCUGCCGACCACGAGACUGGACAGUGUGACAGAGAUGGGACGGGCUGUAACCAGAGUGGGACAUGACUCCAUGUUAGCCGGUGGUAUCCAGAGCAUGCGAGUAGGUCAUGUGACCAGGUCAGAGGUCAGGGGGCGUGUCCGUAGGAGUGUCCACAGGUGUGAGUUUUACGGCUGUAACAAGGAGUACACCAAGAGUUCCCACCUCAAGGCCCACAGACGCACACACACAGGUGAGAAGCCGUAUAAGUGCACGUGGGACGGGUGCACGUGGCAUUUUGCCCGUUCUGACGAGCUGACCCGCCAUCACAGGAAACACACGGGGGUGAAGCCCUUCAGGUGUGGCGACUGUCAACGCUCCUUUUCCCGCUCAGAUCACCUGGCCCUACACAGACGCAGACACACACUGAUCUGAGGAGG